UCAGAGAUGCGCACCUACAUGCGUACAUCUUCCGAAAAUCCACUUAAAAUACGCAUGUGCCGUCGCGACGCCUUACUUUAUUUCGAUUUCCAACGUCUCGACGUUCUCACAUACGAACGACUUUGCCACCACUGUCAGGCGGCGACAGCACGCGGGUUUCAACACUGAAAUUUUCGACGGUCAGUGCAUCUACGAACUAAAAACAAACGCUAUAAAAUAUCCUGAAGAUGUCUUCUUCCUCUGUGGCGAGGGCUUCCAAAUAUUCCUACAGAUCCUCCGGAAGCGCAGGAGGUGCUGACGUCAGCAUCGAAUACAGCGCUGACUUGACAGCUCUUUCCAGGCUUGAGGAUAAAAUUCGUCUCCUUCAGGAUGAUCUCGAAAUCGAAAGAGAACUCAGAGCCAGAAUCGAAAGAGAAAAGGCUGAUCUUAGUGUACAAGUAAUUCAAUUAUCUGAACGCUUAGAAGAAGCUGAAGGUGGAGCUGAAAGCCAGUUCGAAACGAACAAAAAACGCGACACAGAAUUAUUGAAACUUCGUAAACUCUUAGAAGAUGUCCAUUUAGAAUCAGAAGAAACCGCAGCCAUUUUGAAGAGGAAACACCAAGAAAUUAUAGUAGAUUUCCAAGAACAGAUUGACUCUUUAGCCAAAGCAAAAUCAAGAGCUGAAAAAGAAAAAAGUAAAUUCCAAGCCGAAAUCUACACGCUCAUCGCCCAAGUCGAAAGCGUUAGCAAGGAACGAUUGAUCUCCAUCAAACAAUGUGAAAGAUUGGAAAUCACCGUCAACGAGCUCAACAUCAGAAUCGAAGAACUUAACCGCACCGUCGUAGACAUCACUUCCCACAAAACCCGCCUGUCCCAGGAGAACAUCGAACUCACCAAAGAGGUCCAGGAUCUCAAGGUCAACAUCGAAAACGUCAUCUACCUCAAAUCUCAGCUCGCCGGCCAACUAGAGGAUGCCCGCCGUCGUGCUGAGGAUGACGAAAGGAGACGUUCUAUUUUGGAAGCUAAUCUCCACCAGGUGGAAAUUGAGCUUGAAUCCAUCCGCGUCCAGCUUGAGGAAGAGAGCGAAGCCCGUCUUGACCUUGAACGCCAAUUAGUCAAAUCACAAGGCGAAGUUCAAAUCUGGAAAUCCAAAUUCGAAACCGAAGCUGCAGCUCGUGCAGAAGAAGUCGAAGAACUCCGCCGCAAAUUCAGCGCUAGGAUCCAGGAACAAGAAGAACACAUCGAAUCCCUCUUAGUCAAAUGCAACAACCUCGAAAAACAGAAGUCCCGUCUCCAAUCCGAAGUCGAAGUUCUGAUCAUCGACUUGGAAAAGGCCAACAACACUGCCAGAGAAUUGCAAAAGCGCGUCGAACAACUCGAGAGGAUCAACAUUGACAUUAAGACUCGCCUUGAUGAAACCGUUCAAUUGUACGAGCAAAGCCAACGUGAUCUUCGCAACAAAGUCACCGAACUCCAACGUGUUGUUCAUGAAUUGGACAAGACCCGCGAACUUAAGGACCAACUUGCUAGAGAAAACAAAAAAUUGGCUGAUGAUCUUUGUGAUUGCAAGAACACCAUUACUGAACUUACCCGUCGUCUCCAUGAACUUGACAUGGAAGUUCGCCGUCUAGAAAAUGAACGGGAUGAACUUACAGCUGCUUACAAAGAAGCUGAAGCGGGCCGUAAAGCUGAAGAACAACGCGCUCAACGCCUUUCCGCUGAGCUCGGUCAAUUCCGUCACGAAGCCGAAAAACGUCUUCAAGAGAAAGACGAAGAAAUUGAAGCCAUCCGCAAGGCAACAAGCAUCGAAAUUGAACAACUCAAUGCCCGCGUUGUGGAAGCCGAGACCAGGCUCAAGACUGAGGUCACUCGCAUCAAGAAGAAGUUACAGAUCCAAAUCACCGAACUUGAAAUGUCGUUGGACUCUGCCAACAAACUCAACAUUGACCUCCAGAAGACCAUCAAGAAACAAUCUCUGCAACUCACAGAAAUCACUACUCACUACGAGGAAGUCCAACGCCAGUUACAAGUUACUUUGGACCAACUCAGCGUUUCGCAAAGGAGAGUUCAAGCACUUACCGCUGAAGCUGAAGAAAUCAGGAGCAACUAUGAAGGCGCUCUUCGCGGUAAGAGAGCAGCUGAACAAAUGUGUGAAGAAGCUGGCACUCGCAUCAACGAACUCACCACAAUCAAUGUUAAUUUGUCUUCAAUUAAGAGCAAGAUUGAACAAGAAUUGUCCACUGUUAUUGCUGACUACGACGAAAUCACUAAGGAACUUCGCAUUUCUGAUGAACGCUACCAACGUGUACAGGCUGAACUUAAACACACCGUGGAAAUUCUUCACGAAGAACAAGAACGCGUCGUCAAGAUCGAAGCAAUCAAGAAGAGUUUGGAAAUCGAAGUCAAGAACCUGUCCAUUCGCCUGGAAGAAGUUGAAGCUAACGCAAUCGUUGGAGGUAAACGUAUCAUCAGCAAAUUGGAGGCCCGCAUGCACGAUGUCGAAUCUGAACUUGACGAGGAAAAGAGACGUCACGCCGAAACAAUCAAGAUACUGCGCAAGAAGGAACGCACAGUCAAGGAAGUGAUGAUCCAAUGCGAGGAAGACCAAAAGAACAUUGCUCUCUUACAGGAAUCUUUAGACAAGGCUAACUGUAAAAUUACCAUUUUCAAGAGACAACUUCAAGAAGUCGAGGGUGUAUCUAGCCAAAGUAUAUCCCGCGUGCGUCGCUUCCAAAGAGAGUUGGAAGCCGCCGAAGACCGUGCCGAAACCGCCGAAAGCAAUCUGUCCCUCAUCCGCGCCAAACAUCGUACUUUCGUCACCACCAGCUCAGUACCUGGCUCCCAAGUCUACUUGGUGCAAGAAUCCCGAACAACCGAAAUGUAAAUUCUCUAAAAUCCAGCAAUUAGUAGACUGCCUAAAAUGGCCCGACCAGAGCAAUCACAUCAACUUCUUGAAUAUACUUCUCAGAAGCGUGUCCAAUUUGUGCAUGUGGUUGCACUGAAUAACAUCAAUUUUCUAGGCCUGUGACGUGGUGGAACUACAUCAUCAUAUCGAAAAUUCAUUUUUAUUUGUUUCUUCGUGCACAUAAUUAAAUAAUUAUACGUAUACAUAUUUACCACUCUCUUUGAAAUAUAAAUAUAUUAAUUAAAAUAAAACGCAUAACGAAACAUACACAUUUCAUAAAGUAAUUUAUUAAAACAUAAGCGAUUUAUAUUUGUUUGCAAUCGCACGUGUCCGAUGGAUAUGAUUACGAAAUCUGUAAGUUUCUUAAUGUUAAUUGUACUUAUCAGAUGUGUGCUUCUAUUAGAGGUACAGGGGUUAUUGGAAUGUAAUUUAUAAGUUUUUGAAUGUACCGUGUAAGAAUAAAUUGCUUAU